AUGGCUGACGUGUUUGCCGUCCCUGUCUUCUUCAUCGUGUUUCGUGAGACAUUGGAAACAAGUUUAGUGGUCUCCAUUCUGCUUGCUUUCCUCAGACAGCAGAUUGGGCCAGAGCAGGAUGCUAAAACGUAUAAAAAGCUCAGAAAGCAGGUCUGGCUAGGUACAGGAACCGGUCUCGCACUCUGCAUCAUGAUUGGAGCUGGUAUGAUUGGGGCUUUCUAUGGGCUGGGAAGAAACAGCUGGAGCGGAGCCGAACUAAUUUGGGAGGGCGUCUUUGCCAUCGUCGCCAGUUUAAUUAUCUCCGUGAUGGGAGCCGCGUUACUGCGUGUCUCGAAGCUCCAAGCUAAAUGGCGGGUUAAGUUGGCAAAAGCGCUGGAGGCCAAGGACAACAAGACGGGCACCAUGCGCAGCCGCUUCAAGACCUGGUGCGAGAGGUAUGCCAUGUUCAUCUUGCCGUUCAUUACCAUCAUUAGAGAAGGAUUGGAGGCGGUGGUAUUUAUCGGCGGUGUUGGCCUGGGGCUCAAGGCAAGCUCGAUCCCUCUGGCUGUGGUAUGCGGCCUGAUAGCUGGUGCACUCAUCGGAUAUCUUGUGUAUAAGGGUGGCAUGUACGCACCCAUCCGCAUCUUCCUUAUUGCUUCCACCUGUGUUCUCUACCUUGUUGCAGCCGGACUGAUGUCUCGCGGAGUCUGGUUCCUCGAAGCCAAUACCUGGAAUGUUCUGACCGGCGGCGACGCAGCUGAAGGUGGCAAUGGCCCAGGAACUUAUGAUAUUCGCCAGUCUGUUUGGCAUGUGAAUUGCUGCAGUCCAUCGCUUAAUGGCGGAGGUGGUUGGGGCGUCUUCAAUUCCAUCUUUGGAUGGCAGAACAGCGCAACCUACGGCAGUGUCAUCUCCUACAAUCUGUACUGGCUUGCUGUCAUCGUUGCGUUUGUGACCAUGCGGUACAAGGAGCAGAACAGUCACUGGCCGCUGAUGAGGUUGCGAUCUCGAAGCCCGCAAGACCUCUCACGGACACAAAGUGACAGCAGUGGUGCAGGAGAGAUCGUGGGCAAGGGCGCUGGCUUUGAGGAAGGCACGAAUGUGGCAGUCAGGAAGGUGGAUGCAUCGUAG